AUGAACGCUCUUGGCGGCUUCAAGCACGUUAAAGACUGUUCGAUCGAGGUGGUGCCACUGUGCACUGUGCCACUGUGCCAUUGGCCACUUAAUGCCGCUUUGCUUACCGAAGCCAAGGAAACCUUCAAAGCGGCCGAAGAGCAGCUGCAGAAAGCCAAAGCUGCAAGGAGGGAAGCAGCUGCCGAAAUGAGGAGGCUCGAAAAAGAUUCGGAAUACGGUGCCCUCAGCCAGGAGAUUCGACAAAGCCUCGAUGAAGAAAUGGCCAACCUUUUCAACAUCCACCGGUCGAGCUGGCAUGGUGGAGCCAUGGUAGGUAAUUACUGCAGGAAGAUGUUGCAUGGUGCAGAUCAGGUGAUGGACUCCAUCGUGGAAUUGCUCCAACAGAUUCCACAAGAAAAGAGAGCCAGAGGUUGUGACGAUGCCGAGAUUCAAAAGUAUUGCAAUGGGUUCAAGCGGAUCCUCCAAUACAUGGGCAUACUCUCACACUACUCCUACCAACCGUAUGGGACAAUCACAGACAGUGAGAUGGCUUCGAUUCGAGAUGUCUUGGUGCCACGGUUAGUGCGUCUUUUCAGAAAGAUGUCAAAGACGCUUCCUCCCAAAAUCCACAUGCUUGCCCACCUAGUCGAAGAUCUGGAGCGCUUCAGAGGAAUGAAGUUUCACCACGAGUCGAAGAUAGAGGUUGCUCAUCAGAUUGGAAAGAGGAUAGAUUACAGGUUCCGAUCAAUGGCAGCCACGAAGGAAAAGAGAAUGCAUGCCGAAAUGAAAUUCGAAGCCAACUGA